AUGGCCCCUUCUGUCAUUCACCUUCCGGAUGGCCAGACCAUUACUGCGCAGCCUGUCUUCUCCGGUCUGUUUUUCAAGUCGAAUGAUUUGAAUAAUCGCCACUCGCCGUUUCCGGCGGGGUGGACCGUGGUGCUGCAUACUGAAGAUCGCGACCAGGGACAUCAGUCGAACGGCGACGCUCAACAACAUCAGACUGAUGAUGCUGCUGCACCACACGCUGACCGAGACCACGAAAGCAGGAGGCAUAUCCGCAAAUUUACAACGCCGACUCUUCAAAAUGACACCAUUUUCAUCUCAAGCAUCUCGACUCCCUCAUCAGACGACUUCGAGCCCGCCAAGAGCCCCUCUCGCCAAAUAGCGCUGAUGCUCUAUAUUUCGCUGUACUGGUACUUCCAGCAGCCCGAGCCGUCUCCGUAUCUCGAGACAGCUCAGUCGAGGCAUACGCCUGCUGCGGCUAAACCGAAGGGUGAAUGGCGCAUUAACAUCAAGCGUGAGGGCGUUUUGCACUCUCGGAAUAUGAUUCCAAAGCUUGAGAGAAUGGGUCUCAUCUCAUCCCUGGAUUCCGCCGUUGGAACAUGCGUCGAUGAGAACUCAGAAGGUUGGGACAGCAUGUAUGUGACAAGACAGAGCUUCUGGCAGAUACCCUUCGGGGAGUUCCUGUUCAGUCUGCAACCCAGGCGUCGUGGCUCACACCCCGGAUCCCCAAUAAGCAGCCGACCUACCUCGCCUGUGAAGAAUGAGUCGGGCCAGAGGCAUUUCCAUUCGCCGGAAUCAUCAUUGGGGUUACUCUCUGCCGAUUUACCAGGAGGCACUGUACCUACGGCCGUGGCCAGCAACCCCGUCGUGCCCCUGAGUCCCUAUUACUCUGCAUCUCACCUACCGACCUACUACCCUCCAGCCCCCCUUCAAUACGUUGUAACCAAUGGUGUUCGGCACCCGCUGCGUCCAAAGCCACCACGCAUGGGAGAGAUAUUCUAUACAAGAUAUGUCCCCACUGUCGGAAAAUAUCUUUCGUUCCGCGUCGCCUCAGUGUCGAAUAAGCCGGUUCCUUUUCUGGGACCCGUUAGUGGCAGCCCGCGGGAACACGAACAUCUCAUGACCUUGUCUGAUACAUCGCUACUUCAGAUGUGGCUAUCCAAUCCUCGUGUCAGCAAGUUUUGGGGAGAGUACCACGGCUCUUUUCUUACCGACGCACUGAAGAUGAAGCAUUCUUUUCCCGCCAUUGGUAUGUGGGACGGCGUACCCUUCGGUUAUUUUGAACUGUAUUGGGUCAAAGAGGACAUUCUAGGAAAGUAUACGAAUGCAGAAGACUUCGAUAGAGGCGUGCACGUGAUAAUUGGCGAGGAAUGGGCCAGAGGCAAGGUCCCUCAAUGGCUGUCAAGCCUGGCACACUGGGUAUGGCAAGCAGACAUUCGGACGAUGAACAUGUGUCUUGAGCCAAGGGUUGAUAACGAAAAGUUUAUUGCGCACCUGCAGAAUGAAGGCUUCCACAAGGAGCGUCAAAUUGCUUUCCCGCACAAACAGAGCUGGCUAGUCCGCCUCGCCAGAGACAACUGGACAGGCCCACGUCUAUAG